AUGAUUUUCAAAUCUUUUCUAUUUAGUAGUCUAAGUUUCUCGAUGAGGAUAAUUAAUUCGGUCGUUGUGGUCGGACUCUAUUAUGGAUUUCUGACUACAUUCUCCAUAGGUCCCUCUAAGAAGGAGAUAUUCGCGACUACUGGCGAUUUCAUUAUGGGGCAGCUCAUGAUCUUCAUAUCGAUCUAUUAUCCACCUCUGUAUCUAUUCUUUCUUAGCUAA